AUGCUGGGACCCCAAGGGCUGAAGAUGACGAAUGUCCGUCACGUUGUGAUGGUUGCUGCAGGCACAGGCAUCACUCCUAUGCUGCAGCUUGUCCGUGCUAUUAUGGAGAAUAAUAAGGAUACGACCAAGGUCACGCUGGUGGACUGUAAUCACUCGUUGAAGCAUAUUAUCGCACGCACGCAGCUGGAGCCGCUCGCCAACAUGUUCCCAGACCGCGUCAAGGUGUUUCAUGUGCUGCACGAGGCCAGCGAGGAUGAUAUCAGAGAAUUAGGAUCGUUCAAAACCGGCAAACGAUUGGACAAAACGAUACUCGCUGAGUUGCUACCAAAGGCUUCACCCGAGGUGGCAGCUUUCCACUGCGGCCCGCCAGCUUUUGAUGAGGCUGUUGGUGUUAUGCUGAAGAGCAUUGGCUUCCAGGAAGACCAGAUCUACGUGUUCUAG